CCCUUGAAAGGAGACCCGCACCCGCCUCCUGAUGCCGACCUUUCGACGGCUUGUACGGUUCGGGAUGACGAUCUAAGAGGAAUGCUCGCGCCCGGUGCUGCUGAGGCUGUGGUUUUCUCCGUGAAUAUGACAUUCAGAGGAAAAUAUCAAUUCCGUCUGGAAAUCCUCCCGCUUUCGGCGCCCUCCGAGAUGACCCCGACAUCAUCAAAUCUCGGUGGAGGUCCUCUGGCCAGCGUCAUUAUCAUUGCUGACUGCCAAUCACCC